CGACUCGCAGCUUUUCUGCUCUCUCUGAACAAUCACAUGCUCCUCAAACAGGCUUUCUGUGUCAGGUCUCCAUGACUGUCUUUACGAGCGGUGACUGUCCCGUGAUUUUUUGGUGAUAACAAAGGAAGGAGGUUCAAAGAGGACAGAUAAUGUGGACCAUGUGGAACCAGCAGUGCCUAUAAAUAUUAGAAAUGAAAGCCUGGAGGGCAUUUCAUUGACACUUAAUCUGGAGAAGGGUAAGAACACCACGUACCACUUGCCUUCUAAUAUUAGAUAGUCAUGUCACAGCUGGUGUUUAUCUUGGUGUUUCAUGCUCUCACAUUUCUGCAAAUCUCAGCAGAGGAAGACUGCCAAAUAUCUGAAGUGUUGAAGCUGAAGGAAGAGAUUCGUAAGCUAAAUAAUAAAUUGCUGAUUGGGGAAUGGAAAGUUAUGCAUCUGCGUAAUCACCGACGCUUUAAACUGAUUCCCAACCUGGAACUAUCACUGGAACACCAGGAGACCCCUGAAAACAACACUGAACAUUCACCCACCCUACCAAGUACAGGAGGCUCAUUAUUAGUUCAUGACAAAGAUUGUUCUGAGUUAUAUGACAGACUAAAACCAGGGAGCGGAUUCUACAGGAUUAAACCCAAACUGUCAGCUGAACCAUUCCUUGUGUACUGUGAGAUGGAAGAUGGUGGGGGCUGGACUGUGAUUCAGAAACGGAUCAAUGGGAAAGUUGAUUUUGACAGAAAGUGGGAAGAUUACAAAAAUGGGUUUGGUGAUUUUCAGUCAAGCAAAGAUGAAUUCUGGAUUGGGAAUGAUCAUAUUCAUGCCCUGCUCAAUGAUGGUGAAAAUGUGAUGAAAAUUGAACUGAUGGACUGGAAAGGAGAGCGAUCCUAUGCCUUAUAUGACAACUUCAGAGUGACAGAUGAAAAAGAUAAGUACAGGCUGCACUACGGGAUGUAUAGUGGUCAGGCUGGAGAUGCCCUGUCCGGAGGGGCCAAUAUGGUGGAGCAAUGGUCAGCCUCUCAUAACGGCAUGCAGUUCACUACCAGGGACCAGGAUCAUGAUCGCUACCUGCAGGGAAACUGUGCUGUUGAGAACAGGGGAGGCUGGUGGUAUAACAGGUGUCAUGCUGCCAAUCUUAAUGGGAGAUUUUACAGAGGUGGAGAGUACAAAGCCAAAUAUGAUAAUGGUGUGGUCUGGGGCACCUGGAGAGGACUAUGGUACUCUCUCAGACGCACAGCCAUGAAGGUCCGGCCAAGUUCCUACAUGGACAACUUAGGGAGUGGAGUAGGACCCAUUGAGUAGCACAAUAGCUGAACAGUCUCAUCAUGCAUAUUUGUGUAUGUAACAGUGUAUUAACUAUAAGAUUUACAAGGUAUGUGUCAACAAUAAGAACGGAUCUUGUAGGAAUAAAAGAAAAAAAUUAUCUUGAUAAACUGAAUGAAUACAUUGGCUUACAUAUUACAGUCAUGAUUUGAUAUUAAGUAAAAUUAUAUGCUUAUUGUUUGAGUAAAAGGGAAAAUAUAAUAAUACAACAUUGCAUGCAAUAGCAUACAGCAUGUAUACCAUAAUAAAGCAGCAUCUAGACAUA